CGAAGUAAGAUAUAAACUUGUACGAAGAAAGUAAAUAUACUCACUAUUCAAGUAUACAAGACACUAUAAAAAUGUUUUUGAUAUUGUUGUAUACUUUAUACUCAAUUCUUCUACAACUUGAAGCUAAAAGAAUUUUGGCAAUAUUCCCACUCAAUGAAAAGAGUCACAACAAUGUAUUGGAUGCAUUGGCAAUAGGUUUGGCAAAACGAGGUCAUCAAAUUGAUGUUAUAACUCACUUCGAGAAGAAAAAUCCACCAGUUAAUUAUAAAACAAUUAUUAAUCUAAACGGUACAAGAGAUGAUUUUGUGAAUAACCUAACAAUCGAAUAUUGUACCAAACAAACCGAUGAUUCUAUACCAUUUUAUGCUUUUACUGCCGGCAAUGAAAUUUGUAAUCUAAUGUCACUUAAAAGUAUGCAAAAAGUGAUUCAAAAUCCAAAGGUGUAUGAUCUUGUUAUCACAGAGGUAUUUGGAGCGAAUUGUUACAUUGGAUUUGGAUAUAUUUUUAAAAUACCUGUAGUAACUGUUGCAACUAAUUUGGGAUUAUCGUGGACUGGAGAUGGUGUAGGAAGUCCAACGGCAACAGCAACUUUUGCCGAUGUAUUAAUGGAUAAAUAUGAAAUUUUAACAUUUUGGGAUCGUUUAAAAAAUACAAUGAUUUCUCAAAUAAGUAAGUAUAGAUUUUUUUCAUAUACAGAAAAAGCGCAAACAGAAGCAAUAAGAAAAUAUUUAAAUCCAAAUAUACCAAAUAUAAGAGAAAUUGAGAAAAUAGUAGCUCUAACUUUUGUCAAUUCUUAUCAUAAUCCAUUUGGAAUUAGAGCUUUAACUCCAGGAAUGAUUGAAAUUGGAGGAUUACAUAUAGAAGGAAACAAUGAAAAAUUAUCACCGGAUUUGGAACGAUGGAUGAAUGAAAGUACUCACGGUGUCAUUUAUUUCUCACUAGGAUCUAUGGUACUAAUAGAAACAUUACAAGAAAAUUCUCUUUUAUCAAUUUAUCAAGUUUUUUCAAAAAUUUCGCCAAUGAGAGUUUUAAUGAAAAUCGUAGACAAGAAAAAACUUCCUUCAGGAAUUCCGAAAAAUAUACGAAUACCUUCUUGGAUCCCUCAGAUACCAGUAUUAAAACAUAGAAAUACAAAAUUGUUCAUAACUCAUGGCGGUAUGUUAGGAAUACAAGAAGCACUGUACUACCAAAUUCCUGUAAUAGGAAUACCAUUAUACGGAGAUCAAUUUAGAAAUAUUGCAACUUUGACAAGUAAAAACGUUGCUGUUGAAAUAAAUUACAAAAACAUAACAAGAGAAUCUUUAACUGAAGCACUGACAACUAUUCUUAACGACACAAAAUAUAAAGAGGCUGUAAUUUAUGAAUCUAAACUAUUUCGCGAUCGACCAAUGAAGGCAAUGGACACAGCCAUAUUUUGGGUGGAAUACGUCAUGAGAAAUGGAGCAACAACAUUAAGAUCACCAGCCGUAAACAUGCAUUGGUGGCAAGCAGAACUAUUAGACGUAUACGGUUUCAUUUCAUUAUGCUGUAUUAUAACAACUUAUUCAUUAAUAUUUCUACUAAAAAAAAUUAUUCAAAUAACUUUUAAACUUGUGAGAAAUACAAAAGAAGAUGAUAAGAAAUACAAUUAAAAAAUAAAGAAACAAUAAUAAUAAA